GGCUAACUGGCUCCCUCUGCUGCCCAGUCGUGCCGCCAGCGGGCUGAGGGAAGGGAGUGGGUAGCCGGCCCGAGCACAGGCGACGGGGGACUGAAGAGCGCGCCGCCCUCCCGUCUCACUUCCCAGGUUGUGAACCUGUCAAAUUAAAUCUGCCAAGAUGAUCUGGUAUACUUUAAUUGUUGGGAUUUUACUUCCUCGGUCUUUGGCUCAUCCAGGCUUUUUUACUUCUAUUGGUCAGAUGACUGAUUUAAUCUACACUGAGAAAGAUCUGGUGACCUCCCUGAAAGACUAUAUUAAGGCAGAAGAGGACAAGUUAGAACAAAUAAAAAAAUGGUCAGAGAAGUUGGAUCGGUUAACCAGCACAGCGACAAAAGAUCCAGAGGGCUUUGUUGGACACCCUGUGAAUGCAUUCAAGUUAAUGAAACGUCUGAACACUGAGUGGAGUGAGUUGGAGAAUCUGGUCCUUAAGGAUAUGUCAGAUGGGUUUAUCUCUAACCUAACCAUUCAGAGACAGUACUUCCCUAAUGACGAAGAUCAAAUUGGGGCAGCUAAAGCUUUGUUGCGUCUCCAGGACACCUACAAUUUGGAUACAGAUACCAUCUCAAAGGGUAAUCUUCCAGGAGUAAAACACCAGUCUUUUCUAACAGUUGAUGACUGCUUUGAGUUGGGCAAAGUGGCCUAUACAGAAGCAGAUUAUUACCAUACUGAACUGUGGAUGGAACAAGCACUAAAGCAGCUGGAUGAAGGCGAGGUUUCUACUAUUGAUAAAGUCUCUGUUCUAGAUUAUUUGAGCUAUGCUGUAUACCAGCAGGGAGACCUGGAUAAGGCGCUUUUGCUCACAAAGAAGCUUCUUGAACUAGAUCCUGAACAUCAGAGAGCCAAUGGUAACUUAAAAUAUUUUGAGUAUAUAAUGACUAAAGAAAAAGAUUCCAAUAAGUCUACUUCAGAUGACCAAUCUGAUCAGAAAACCACACUGAAGAAAAAAGGAGUUGCUGUGGAUUACCUGCCAGAGAGACAGAAGUACGAAAUGCUGUGCCGUGGGGAGGGUAUCAAAAUGACUCCUCGGAGACAGAAAAAACUCUUUUGCCGCUACCAUGAUGGAAACCGGAAUCCUAAAUUUAUUCUCGCCCCAGCCAAGCAGGAGGAUGAGUGGGACAAACCUCGUAUUGUUCGCUUCCAUGAUAUUAUUUCUGAUGCAGAAAUUGAAGUUGUCAAAGAUCUAGCAAAACCAAGGCUAAGCCGAGCUACAGUACAUGACCCCGAGACUGGAAAAUUGACCACAGCCCAAUACAGAGUAUCUAAGAGUGCCUGGCUGUCUGGCUAUGAAAAUCCUGUGGUGUCUCGAAUUAAUAUGAGAAUACAAGAUCUAACAGGACUCGAUGUUUCCACAGCAGAGGAAUUACAGGUAGCAAAUUAUGGAGUUGGAGGACAGUAUGAACCACAUUUUGACUUUGCACGGAAAGAUGAGCCAGAUGCUUUCAAAGAGCUGGGAACAGGAAAUAGAAUUGCUACAUGGCUGUUUUACAUGAGUGACGUGUCAGCUGGAGGAGCCACUGUUUUUCCUGACGUAGGAGCUAGUGUUUGGCCCAAAAAGGGAACUGCUGUUUUCUGGUAUAAUCUGUUUGCCAGUGGAGAAGGAGAUUAUAGUACACGGCAUGCAGCCUGUCCAGUGCUAGUUGGAAACAAAUGGGUAUCCAAUAAAUGGCUCCAUGAACGUGGACAAGAAUUUCGAAGACCAUGCACCUUGUCAGAAUUGGAAUGACAAACAGGCUUCCCUUCCUCUCCUGUUGUGCUGUAAUGUGUCUGAUACACACAGUUCCCAGUCUUGACUUUCAAGAGUUUACAAUUGACUAACACUCCAUGAUCCAUUCAGUCAUGAACCUCAUCCCAUGUUUCAUCUGUGGACAAUCACUAACUUGUAGUGGUUUUUCUUUUAAAGGAAACACUAAAUCACUACAUACUUUGUACAUUUAAAACCUUAAAGUUCAGAGGGUAUCACAGAGGACAAAACAAGUCAGGGUUAAAAAUGAGGAAUUUUUACUUUUAUGUUUUAUUUUAAAGAAUUUUUUGAUUGGAUAAAAAAACACAAUUAAGCAUCCAGUUGUAUUAUUUCACUACAUCUCGGUGGUGGUAGGCUAAGAGUGGGACAGGUGAUUAGAAAACAGAUGCCUUGCAGUAUGUACCUAGGUAUUAUGUUUACCUAGUCUUACUCUCUGUUUAUUUUCUGAAUCUGUUGAAAGUUAGUAAUAAACUAGGACUCUAAUAUCGAUUCCAUACAACGUUUGCCCCUCCAUACACUAUUCUAAGUUGAUUUUUUUCUCCCAAGCCCUUUCUGAAAAAAGGAUUUAUCAGUCCCUAUCUUCUCUCAUAGCUCCUCUGUGGUGAAUUAAAUCUUUUUUUUUUU